CCGGCGGAGAACAAGAGAAAGAGGAGGAAGAAGACGAGAAAGCUUCGCACCCAGGCACAACUCUACGUGAAGUUAUGCAGUCGCUCUUUGGCUGCUUUUGCAUGAGGAAACGUCAACAAAAGGCUGGUUAUGAGGAUCCAUUCAUUCUUGCUUCAGCAACACCUUUUACUGUGAAUGAAGUGGAAGCUUUGUAUGACCUUUUCAAGAAACUAAGCAGUUCCAUAAUCGACGAUGGUCUUAUUCACAAGGAAGAGUUUCAGCUUGCACUAUUCGGAAACAGUAGCAAGCAGAAUCUUUUUGCAGAUAGGGUAUUUGACCUUUUCGAUGUGAAGCAUAAUGGGGUGAUAGAAUUUGGAGGAUUUGUCCGGUCAUUAAGUGUCUUCCACCCAAAUGCUCCUGAAUCAGACAAAAUAGACUUUGCUUUUAGAAUAUACGAUUUGAAGCAGACUGGUUACAUUGAGCGAGAGGAGUUGAAGGAGAUGGUAUUGGCUCUUCUCGGUGAAUCAGAUCUGACACUUUCCAAUGAUGCCAUAGACACGAUUGUUGAUAAGACAAUCACAGAAGCAGAUACAAAAGAAGACGGGAAGAUUGAUCGAGAAGAGUGGAUAGAGUUCGUGGCAAAGAAUCCCUCCCUCAUGAAAAACAUGACUCUUCCAUAUCUAAAGUAGAGGUGGUAACCUUAGCAUUUCCAAGUUUUGUGAUGAACAGUGAAGUUCAGGAUUAAGCAGAAAGGUAUUAUUGGUGCGAGACUCCGUUUCUGAUCACGGCCGGUAACACCAAGAAAGAGUGAUUCACUCCCACGAGCCAUUAAACUCUCUCGGUGCACUGGGUACAGUACAGAUAGAAUGGUUGACAAAUGUAGAGAACUCGGGCUCUGUCGAGCACUGAAUGUCGGACAAAAUCAUCGCGCAGCUAGAAAUCUUGCAUCUAAUCGCUCCCAAGAUUCAAUCGGUGUUUCUGAUGUAUGACCAACUGACAUCCAAGUAAACACACUCGUUGAGAGCGAACCUAAUUUGUUAAUCUGUUUGUUGAGCUGGAUUCCUAGUGUCGUGUGAAUGACCCCAUUACAAUCAUUAUUUGUGUGCAUCGCAUCAGGAAGAGAUUGGUUGCACAAUGCUCACUGAACCUCGAAGCGGGUGACGAUGUUUCUGCAUCAGUAGUAACUUCUCUUUCUUGAUUGCUCAAACUGUCGGCGUGUCGGGCUUCAACUGGCAACUGGCUCAUCGCACCCUGAGUGUGGCCCACGCUCAUCCUAAACAUGCCCU